AUGCGGACUGGCGAGACUUGCAUCGGGCUGGAGCCUCAAAGGUCGCUACUGGCCUGGCUGGCCGCCUGGCUGGUCGCCACGCCGCUCGUGUCGGCAGGCUUCGAUACCUUCUCGGUCAAGUCCAUCAAUAUUGGCUCAGCGGACCAAGUUGAAUUCUACGCAUUGGAAGGCACCGGCGUAGAGGACGCGCACCCCGUCUAUGGCUUUGAGGCCUCCGACGGCAGCUUCAUAUUCUGCGGCAAGGGCUUGGAGUCGGAAUCUUCGUCCGAGGCUGAAGCCUUUGCGGUCAAAUUCAGUUCAACCGGCCAAACCAUUUCAACGUGGCGCUCCAACCACAUCGGCAAGGACGCUGCCAAUGCAUGUGCGCAGCUUCCUGGCGGAGGCGACGUGCUCGUUGUGGGCUAUCGUCUGGUGGGCGGCGUAGCCUACCGCUCAAUGACAAAGCUAUCGCUGGCCACACUGGCCGAGACGUGGACCGCAACCACGUUUGGCGACUCGUCGGGCCAGCACGGCGCAUGGGAAGGGAUCGAUUUCAGCACAGACGGUGCGACCGCGCUGCUAGCCGGCUUCUACGACAAGAGCAGCGCUGAUGAGAUGAGCUUUCGGUCCUACGGCAACACCGGCGGCAAAGCCGUGGUCAUGGCGCUGCCAGUCACCGUCCUUAGCGGCGCCAGCGCGCCCACCGCAUCCUCUGCUUCGUGGACAGCGGCCAAGGACGACCGCCACACGGCCAAGGCGGUGCGGCCGCUCUCCAACGGCGACAUGGCAGUCCUGUUUUGGAAGGACAGCGCCGAGGGCGAGGAGGGCACCGACACGGCAGUGGCCAAACUUUCCGCGACGGGAGGCUUCAUGUGGGGCCCGAUCGACGUGGGCUCGCAGCACGGCGAAGGCACAGAGCUGGCGGUGGCGGUGGACGAGAGCGCCGUCUUUAUCAGUGGGCACGGCGGGUGCCUCGGACUCGGUGGCUUCUGCGGCAAGCUCACCAAGAUUAGGGCCACCGACGGCGUCGUUUUGUGGUCACGCGCAUUCUCGUCGUGCGGCAGCUAUGACGCGUCGGGGGUGUAUACGGGCGACGCGUGUGGCAACAACAUGCUGAUCAAGACCGAGUGCUGGGGUGUGCAAGCAAUGAACGACGGUGGACUUGUGCUCGCGUGUGGCACAGGCAUUGAGGACUGCAGCGGCAUGCAGGGACAGAUGGCGAUCGAUUGUGCCAACGGGAUCGCACUCCUCGCCGACUCGCGCGCCGGCGCGUUUGCUCGGAGCGCCGGCGUCUGGCAGAGCUUUGUCGUUCGCACGGACGCGUCGGGCGCGCUGUUGUGGCAACGCACUGACCAGUACCGCAUGGAUGGCGAGCCGGCGCUCGGCACGCCAGGGUGGGAGGAGGGCAGCUCCGCCUCGGAGUAUGUGGCCAAGACCGCCGACGGCGGCCUGCUCUUUGUCAACGACGAGGCUAACGGCGUCGGCGGCGAGGAGGGAUUUGACGCCUUACCUGAAAGCUGCAGGCAACUCAUCAUUGGCUGCGCAGUGGGCGGGCUUGGCCUCUGCCUCUGCAUCGCAGCCGUGGUCGGCUGCAAGCUCGUCUUCGGCAAGAAGACGAGACUCGCACCUUCUUAUUGA